AUGAAGUUCCUCUCCAUCCUCGCCCUCACGGGCGCGACAUCAGUGAUGGCCGCGCCCGUCGACAUUGAGCGCCGCCAAGUCGAUGCCAUCAAGGAUGCACUCGCGCCCGUGAUGUCGUCCCUCAAGGACCUCGACACCGCCAUCCAAGGCCUCACCACCGACCCGCAGACCGCCGCACCCAUCCUGACCUCGUCCCAGGCAGCCUCCAAGGCCCUCUCGGGCGCCGCCACCAAGAUCCAGGCGGCCGACAACCUUGGCCUUAUUGGCUCUCUGGGCCUACAGCAGACGGGUACCGACCUCGCCACCCAGGUGACGACGACCAUCGGCGACCUGACGGCCAAGAAGCCCGUGUUGGACCAGCUCGGCGUCACGCCCAUCGCCCUGCAGGCCCUGCAGCAGCAGAAGGCCGACUCAGGCGGCCUGAGCGACGCCCUGCUGAGCAAGGUGCCCGCGCUCGCGAGACCUAUCGCCGGGCAGAGCACGGACAUGAUCAGCAAGGCGCUUGACGACGGCAUUGCGGCCCUCGGUGGCUCUGCGACGGCAACUCCUGCGGCUGGCGCGGGAGGUGCUACUGGAACGAAGCCUGCGGGCGGCGCAGCGAGUGGUGCUGCUGGAGCGGCGACUGGCGCCGGGGCAGCCAAGCCUGCAGGAGGAGCAACGCAAGGCGCUGCCGGUGGUGCUGGAGCUGCUACUGGAGGUGGCAAGAAAAACGACGCUGAUGAGGAUGAGGACUGA